CAAAAGCUCACAUUCAGAGAGAAGUGGAGAAGUAAGUCUUUCACAGAAAAAAAAAAAAAAAAAAAAAAAAAAAGAAGGGUAAAAACCCCACCGGAGAAAAAGAAGAAGAUGUCGUGGCAAUCGUACGUUGAUGACCACCUUAUGUGCGAUGUCGAAGGCAACCACCUCACCGCCGCCGCUAUUCUCGGUCAAGACGGCAGUGUGUGGGCUCAGAGCGCCAAUUUCCCUCAGUUGAAGCCUGAAGAAAUCAAAGGAAUCACCACGGACUUCGAGGAGCCUGGGUUUCUUGCCCCAACCGGUCUAUUUCUCGGUGGAGCCAAGUACAUGGUUAUUCAAGGUGAACCAGGAGCUGUCAUCCGUGGCAAGAAGGGACCUGGAGGCGUUACUAUCAAGAAGACGACUCAAGCCUUGGUCAUUGGCAUCUACGAGGAGCCCAUGACUGGAGGGCAAUGCAACUUGGUUGUGGAAAGGCUCGGGGAUUACCUCAUCGAGUCUGACCUCUAAAUUUUCAGUUUCAAAUUAUGCUAUCAAAACGCAAAUCAAUUUGAAGCCUUGGAACCAAUAUCUUGUUGUUGGUCUUUGUUACUGGGUUUGUGUGUCUUAUGUAAUGGCAUUUGGAUCAUCUUUUUUUAUCCCUUCAUAUGUAUUGUGUUUUUUCUUUAGAUUUUUAUUUCUCCA